AUGGCUUAUCUCGGCGAUACAAGUCAAAUGUUGGUAGAUACUACGGAUGUUUUUACAACUCAUCAAAAAUUUGCUACCGCAGAUGAUGUUGUCAAAUGGGCUCGAGAUGUUGGAGAUGCCAAUAAAGUCGGUAUUAUCAUUACUCGGUCGGAUAAAAAGAACGGAAUAAGAGGAAGAAAUGACAAGUUGAUUUUGGGUUGUGACAAAGGUGGAAAGUAUGACUCUUCAGAAAGUUCCACGACAUCUGCAUCGAAAAAGUGUAACUGUCCAUUUAAAAUUAGAGCUGCACCUUCAACAGAUGGUUCAGGAUGGAAAGUUCAGGUUAUUCAUGGAGUUCACAACCACGGGCUACCUGACCAAUAUCAUGGUCAUCCUCGCAAGGCACGUUUAACCGCUGAUGAAAACAAACGUGUUCAAGAUUUGACAAAGCGUAAAGUAGCACCAAGACACAUUGUUUUAGAUUUGAAAGAUCAAAAUCCAGAGUUUGUUGUUGAUGCCACACUUGUAUAUAGGAAAAGACACAUGAUGCAAAUACAGGAAAGAGGUUCCAGAACAGAGCUGCAACACUUGCUGCAGUUGUUAGAUGAUGCAAAAUAUGUCAGCUGGAAUAGAAGAAAAGAUGAUGGCUCCGAUGUUUUGAGUGAUAUUUUUUGGGCGCAUCCAGAUUCAAUCAAGUUGUUGAACUUGUUUCCCAUUGUUUUGGUUAUGGACUGCACGUACAAAACUAAUAAAUAUAGACAGCCACUGCUUGAAAUUGCUGGCAUAACGUCAACUAACAUGACAUUUGCUGUUGGAUUUGCUUACAUGGAAUCUGAGAAGACGGACAAUUAUCAUUGGGCGUUAGGUAAGCUGAAGCAAUUGAUUACAAAGCAAGAUAUAUUUCCUAGAGUAAUUUUGACUGAUAGGGAGUUUGCUUUGAUGAAUGCAAUUAAAGAUAUAUUUCCACAUACUACUAAUAUGCUUUGUACGUGGCACAUAAUCAAAAAUGUGAAUGCGAGAUGCACCGUGCAAAUACCUAAGGAUAUGAAACAGAAGGUGAAAAAUUUGUGGAGAGAUGUUGUUGAAAGUCCGAAUGAGGUGGAGUAUCAGCAACGGUUGAAUGCGUUUCAGCAAGCAUGUGUUAAUUCAAGCAAUUUUGUCGAAUAUGUCAAUAACACCUGGUUGGCCCCUCACAAAGAACAAUUUGUUGAAGCAUGGACCAAUCGAGUGAUGCAUUUAGGAAACACAACGACUAAUAGAGUUGAGUCUGCACAUUGGAGACUGAAGAAAAUGUUGGAACACAGCAAAGGAGACUUAUGCAAGUGUUUGGAAGGCAUGAAUGACAACAUAAGACUAGAAGUUGACAAAAUAAAGAAGUCUUUUCAAAAAAGUUUUUACUAUUACAGAAAAGACACAUAG